AUGUCCGCCUCGAUUCCAGAAACGAUGAAAGCUGUUGUCAUUGAAAAUGGCAAAGCCGUUGUCAAACAUGACAUUCCCAUUCCUGAACUAGAAGAAGGUUUCGUUCUGAUUAAGACUGUUGCUGUUGCUGGUAAUCCUACCGAUUGGAAACAUAUUGAUUACAAGAUUGGACCUCAGGGUGCUCUCCUGGGUUGUGAUGCAGCCGGCCAAAUCGUGAAGUUGGGUCCAAAUGUUGAUGCAGCAGAGUUUUCCAUUGGUGACUACAUAUAUGGGGUUAUUCAUGGUGCGUCAGUGAGGUUCCCUUCAAACGGUGCCUUUGCUGAAUAUUCUGCCAUCUCAUCUGAGAUUGCUUAUAAACCAGCGAGAGAGUUCAGAUUGUGCGGCAAGGAUAAGCUGUCCGAGGGUCCUGUCAGGUCUUUGGAAGGUGCAGUCACGCUCCCAGUUUCGCUGACCACUGCCGGUAUGGUCCUUACCCAUAGCUUCGGUUUGGACAUGAAAUGGGAGCCCCCUAAAGCACAAAGGGACCAUCCUAUCUUAUUUUGGGGUGGUGCCACUGGCGUUGGUCAGAUGUUGAUUCAAUUGGCCAAAAAGCUACAUGGUUUUAGCAAGAUAAUUGUUGUUGCUUCUCGUAAGCAUGAAAAACAAUUGAAAGAUUAUGGUGCCGAUGAGCUUUUUGACUACCAUGAUGCUGAUGUUAUUGAGCAGAUUAAGAAGAAGCACAACAAUCUUACCUACUUGGUAGAUUGUGUCUCUAAUACAGAAACUAUUCAGCAGGUUUAUAAAUGUGCCGCUGAUGAUUUGGACGCUACCAUCAUUCAGUUAACAACUUUAACCGAGAAGAAUAUUAAAGAGGAAGAUAGGAAACAAAACGUCAGUAUUGAAGGGACCUUGUUGUACUUGAUAGGUGGCAACGACGUUCCUUUUGGCACAUUUACAUUACCGGCAGACCCUCAAUACAAGGCGGCGGCCAUUAAAUUCAUUGAGUUCAUCAACCCAAAAAUCAAUGACGGUGAAAUUUACCAUAUCCCAGUGAAGGUUUACAAAAAUGGCUUAGAGGAUGUGCCACAAUUACUUGACGAUAUUAAGCAUGGAAGAAACUCCGGAGAGAAGUUGGUUGCGGUCUUGAAAUAG